AUGGAACACCGCAAACUCAAGUCAAUGACCGUGAGGAGGAACUUGGAAGACAAUGGACUCGGACUCGGAGACUCUAAAAUUGCAACUCCAGGGAGCAAGUCGCGGAAGAGUCUUAGUUACAAGCCAAUAAGUCGUAGAUGUAAUUAUAAUUUUUACCGCCGAUGUGAGCAUUCUCCCCCAAGCUCUACCAAGAAGAUUCAUUCCUGA